GGAGGAGGCAGAGGUUUUUCUCCUCUUUGUUUUGUCUGAUCCGACACGAGCCACAGAACGUGUGGGCUUGACCAAGGAAAGGCAUCUCUCCCAUGACGCUUCACCCUCAGCCUUCCCCUCUGUCUGUCUGCCUGCCUGGAGCUGAGGCUGGAGCUGGACUAGUUGUUGGCUAACGGAGAGGCUAGUGGCCCUGAGGAGAGCUGGAGGAGGAAAGGAGGAGGGGCUGAGCUGAGCCAGUGGGCUCGCUCUCUGCCUCACAGACACGUUUUAUUGACUUGCUAAUUGCCUGAGACACUCGGAGGAGAGGAUGCAGUGAGGGAAGGGAGGGAAGGAACCUACUGUACAUAAGAGUAUUACAGGCAGAGGAACAGAGAAACAGUGACUGUGUUCUGCCUAUCUGGCCACCAUCUCUGCUUCUCUUUGCUGGGGGAACUAAAACAGAUGUUUGCAGCCUGCCUUUCAUUGAUCCACGAUACGUGCAUACGUGAUUCAUGCAUGACAUUAGUGUGUCUUUGCCUCGUAUGCAGUCGGAAGGAGACUACCCACCCACCACGCUUUUGUGACACGUGAAUGAUUUCCAUAUUUAUGUUUUUUCUUGUAUUUACCGUAACUGUUUUUCCUCUGCUGGGUCAGCUAAAGCGGUUGUUUGCUGUGUUGCCUGCUAUGUCUGGUUUGGCUUUACCACGGUACAUACCCUUUGGUGUCUGUGACGGUGCAAAUUAAAAAUAGAAACAAAUAUUUGUUAACCAAUCAAAUGUAAUGGGAAUAAGAAAAUAUGAAGAUUCUGAAGCUUACAAUGGAUAUUCUUCAAUGGAAAUGAAGAAAUUAUCUGAGAAGCUUACAGACUGAAGACUGGCUUGAGGCAGUUCAUCUUGUGUGCUUUUGUGGAGUGGGGAGCUACGUAGUACAGUCUUGGUGGGAAAAUGGACCAAGCUCAUUUGUUGGCUCUAUCAUAAUUCCAGAAUACCCAGUCUCAAACAUCAAGAUCGUGGAAAGCAAUCUCAGAUCCCUGGCUUUGGGCUGUAGAUGAAUCUUGCGUAUGGAGAGAGGGAGGGAACGAGAAAGGGAGGAUUGUGAAUGAACCCAUGGAGCAGUCCAGUGGCAGCAGUCUUUACAGAUCAGCAAAGAGGAGGUGAAGAGAGGAUUACAGGAAAGAUUCAAAUAAAAACUAGUCUAGACUUAAUUCAGUAACUUAGCCUUGUUAAAAGUAUGCUCCACUAAUUCAAGAUACCUUAGAUGUGAUUCUCUGUCUCGCUUGUGCUGACUCUUGAGUUUUCACGUCAUGGGUUCAGAAGCCUGAAGAAGCAAUCUAGGAAGACUCCAACCACCUCUUGACAAAGUUACCAUUCACCCACAUCAGAUGUAUCCAUACGCCAGGCAGUUUGGCAGUACCAUCUGACUGGUGUCUGGCCUGGCUAUUGUCUCCGUGGUGAAGCCUCCGGCUGUGGGUUGCUAUGCCGGUUUCCUGUGGGUCUGUCUGGGUCACAGCGAGGGUGCUGCCACUCCGCUGAGGUUGGUCUGCCUGUCUUCCAGCCUGCCGCCCCCAUGAGCCACGCGGGCACCCUACAGAGACGCACCACCUACCUUAUCUCCCUUACCCUGGUCAAGGUCGAGGCCGUGGGGGGUGAUGGAGUUUCAAUCGGGCCCCAGCCACAACGGACCCUUGCUCUGGGGAGAGCAGGAGUGGAGGGCCCAGAGGAUGAGGAGCUGAGCAGGACCACUCAGGAUGAGGGAGGACAUGCAUGUGUCGAGGUGAAGGGAGAGGGGAACACAGAGAUGGAGGAAGAGGAGCAGGAGUACGUUAGCUUUGGGGGACCUGUACAGGAGCGGGAGAAGCCUGAGAUAAAGGAGCGAGAGAGUCGUGGUCCAGGCUCCUCAAAAGAUGUCACGUUGGAGACUAAGAGCAAGGAGUCUCCCCUCUUACCGAAGAAUGUGAAAGACAAAGUGAAAGGACUUGCAGGUGUGUCAGAUGUCCCCUCAGUGGGAGGGCUGAGGAGAGAGGGAACCCGCCCUAAAACAGAGCUCUAUAGGGAGCCACCCAUGCUGUUCCCAAGGUGCGAGGAAGGGAUGGGCGACGCAAGCAACACCCUCUCUCGGGGCAGCAUGCCCAUCACCGUACCGCCCAGGUUCACCCAGAGACCCGAGGUCCUCAUGAGGUCACAUGCCGGGGGCGGGGCUGUAAGCCGGCGGGAAUUGAGGGAAGCCAAUCAGAGUAUGCCUCCAUCCGCCAAGAGUCUGGACCGCAAAGACAACCGCAUAGGGGACCGGUCUCCCAUGACAGCUGCUGUGGCCUCUCUAGGACCAUACCGGGCGUCCUGGGCGGACAGUGAUGGCAGGUCCACCCUCCUUCGCCAGGGAGCCCCCGUAGGGGGGGGGUUUACGGACAUGGUGACCAGGGAAAGCCCCAGAGGGGACAGGAUGAAGACAGGCUCAACCUCCCUGCCAGCCCAACCCACCCCUCAGAUAUCCAAGCCACCGAGGAAGGGCAAGAGCCGCACUCUGGACAAUAGUGACCUGCAUUCCCUCUCUGAGGACCUGAAGAAGGGGAAGGACAGCCAGAGCCAGGGGGGUACCACCCAGCGUCCCCCCGCCCGUGACCGCAAGAUGCUCAAGUUCAUCAGCGGCAUCUUCACAAAAAGUACGCCUGCGCCUCCCUGCUCCAACACAGCGCCCCCUAUCUACACGCCCAUUCAGAGGGGUUCUAGUGAGGAGGAAGCGGCUUGCGGUAACAGUCAAGAAUGGACCUUCAGUCGAACCGUCCAAGAGCUCCGUCUGGGGGUGUUGGGAGGUCUCCGCAGUGGGAAGUCAGCCCUGGUCCACAGACACAUGAGCGGCAGCUACCAGCCCCUGGAGAACCCAGAAGGGGGAAGGUAUAAGAAGGAGGUACUUGUUGAUGGCAACAGUCACAUUUUGCUGAUCAGGGAGGAGACAGGACCCCCGGAUGCACAGAUGGCUAGCUGGGUGGACGGGGUCAUCCUGGUCUUCAGUCUGGAGAAUGAGGCCAGUUUCCAGGAAGUGUACAGGAACUACAGCGAGCUUGGCAUCCACCGCAACAUCGCUGAGAUCCCCUUCAUAGUGGUAGGAACCCAGGAUAAAAUCACCAGCACCAACCCUCGGGUGAUAGAGGACGCCAGGGCUAGACAGCUGUGUUCAGACGUCAGGCGCUGUACCUACUACGAGACCUGCGCUACCUAUGGCCUCAACGUCAACCGCGUCUUCACCGAGGCUGCCCAGAAGAUCAUGGCAGUGAAGAAGCAGGCAGCUCUACUGGCCUCCUGUAAAUCCCUGCCCAACUCCCCCAGUCACUCUGGAGGCUCUACCCCAUUGUCAGGAGUCUUCCCUGGUCAGGCCAGUAAUGGUGGUCAGAGCAGUGACUACUCGUCCUCUCUGCCCUCCACCCCAGUGAUCAGUCAUAAGGAGAUCGGGGGGGAGAGGCUGGGCAGCGCCACCCCAGGAUCUGUCCGCAGUGCACCACGGCGACGCACUGGCUCCCGCUUCACGGGCCGUAGGGGCAGUGACUCGGAGAGGAGGAGUACAGACGGUAAGAUAGGAGACCUGGGUAGUGGACGCUCCAUCCCCAUCAAACAGAGCAUCCUGCUGAAGCGCAGUGGGAACUCUCUCAACAAGGAAUGGAAGAAGAAAUACGUCACGUUGUCCAACAACGGCAUGCUCUCUUAUCACUCCAGCGUUAACGACUACAUGCAGAAUGUCCAUGGGAAAGAGAUGGACCUGCUGAGGGUGACUGUGAAGGUGCCAGGGAAACGCCCGCCCCGUGCUGGUGCCGUCCCUUCCUGUCGUCCUCCGCCCGGCCUCAACGGCCUGGUCAAAGACGUCCAGGGGCCUGAGGGGGCCAGCACGGUCCCUGGUAGUGGUAGUAACCUCCUGCCCGUAGAUGAGGGGGCGGGAGGAGGGUUGUCUCCUGGGGGGAACAGAGGGGUGCAGCGCUGCCCCUCUACUCUCUCUAACAAGCCCCAAAGCAUGGACUCUGCCAUCGAGGGGGUGUCCAGACCCUCCUCCUAUAAAGAUACAAGCCCAGCCUCCCCAAUGGUUGACAGGAAGAAGCAUCGCAGGAAGAAGAGCAUGAACCAGAAAGGAGACGUAGCCAUUGGCCAAGCAGAUGCAAAGCGCAAAAUGUGGAAACUAAAAAGCUUUGGUAGCUUAAGAAACAUAAACAAGACAGACGAGGAUAACUUUGACUUUCUGAUCGUGUCGAGCACGGGCCAGACGUGGCACUUCGAGGCCCAGAGUGUGGAGGAGAGGGACUCCUGGGUGACGGCCAUCGAGAGCCAGAUCCUGGCCAGCCUGCAGCUGUGUGAGAGCAGCAAGAACAAGGCUCGUAAGAACAGCCAGAGUGAAGCUGUGGCACUGCAGGCUAUCCGUAACGCCAAGGGCAACAGUCUCUGUGUGGACUGUGAAGCACCUAACCCAACAUGGGCCAGUCUGAACCUGGGGGCUCUGAUCUGCAUUGAGUGUUCAGGAAUCCACAGGAACCUGGGCACCCACCUGUCCCGUGUCCGCUCUCUGGACCUGGACGACCUGCCCAGAGAACUCACCCUGGUGUUGGGUGCCAUCGGCAACCACCUGGCCAACAGCAUCUGGGAGGGACGUACGCUGGGCCGCAGAAAACCCACGCCCGACGCCACACGAGAGGAGCGGGAGUCAUGGAUCCGAGCCAAGUACGAGCAGAGGUUGUUUGUGGCUCCGCUGGCCCUGCCCUCCUCCAGUCAGGGGUUAGAGGUCAACACGCUGUCAGCCAGUCUGCUGGCGGCCGUGAUGGAGAGGGACCUCCCCCGCCUGCUCCUUCUCCUGGCCCAUAGCACCAAGGAUGACAUCAAUGCCCCCCUUCCCCCAGGGAGUCACCUCUCUCCACCCCCCCCUGCUGCCUCCCCCAGCCCUUCCCUGGAGGGCUCCCUCCGGCCGCCUUGCUCUGCGCUGCACGCCGCCUGCCAGCUCGCCGACGUGGUCAUGACCCAGCUGCUGGUCUGGUAUGGCAGUGAUGUGAGGUGUCGGGACGCCCAGGGGCAGACGGCCGUCACAUUGGCACGUUAUGCUGGCAGUCAGGAGUGUGCCGACAUCCUCCUGCAGUAUGGCUGCCCCAACGAGCCCGCCCCUUCGGUUGCCACAACACCAAGCCUCUCGGUCGCCACGACACCCAGCCUUUCCCGCAAGAGCAGCGCAGGCAGCCUCAGCCGCAGCAGCUCCAGAAGAGCAGUGUCUUAAUGUGAGGGGGGUAGAAAACGUGUGUGUGUGUGUGUGUGUGUGUGUGUGUGUGUGUGUGUGUGUGUGUGUGUGUGUGUGUGUGUGUGUGUGUGUGUGUGUGUGUGUGUGUGUGUGUGUGUGUGUGUGUGUGUGUGUGUGUGUGUGUGUGUGUAAGAGAGAGGGGGGAUAUGUGUGUAGGUGGAUGUGUCAGUGUGUGUUAGAAUGCCCGUGUGCAUGUGAGAGGUUGUGUGGGUGGUGCAUGUGUGUUUGUAACCAUAUGUAUGCCAGGGUGGCUCUAGUUGAAGCGGGAGGCUGUGUCCUCAGUGUCCUCUAAAAAGGAACCCAUGAAGUCACACCAGGAUGUAGUCACAGACCAAAAGGACUGAAUGGACAAGCAGCUAAUACUGUCACCACCGUAAAGCCAGAAGGCAGAGCUCACUCUUACCUGGCUCUGUGUGUGUGUGUGUGUGUGUGUGUGUGUGUGUGUGUGUGUGUGUGUGUGUGUGUGUGUGUGUGUGUGUGUGUGUGUGUGUGUGUGUGUGUGUGUGUGUGUGUGUGUGUGUGUGUGUGUGUGUGUGUGUGUGUGAGUGAGAGACUGCUCCACUCAGUGGCUACCUUGUCCCCACUAUGGCGCUGAUGAUCCACUCUUCCAGGCUAACCUCACCACCGCUCUGUGGGAACUUUGACCUGUGUGUUACUGCUACACCACCACCCGUUCCCUGCAUCUUAGUAACACACAGACAGAAAGACAAAGGGAUAAUGUAAUGACAAGCGCUGGGGCCGAAAUGGUGGCCCAUCCUGUAUGCUGACUUGGGUUCAUGCCCAAUCACAUCUCUCAAACCACAGGGCUGGGAGAGGAAAAUGAACCAGAGGUACAGAACUGCAAUAAUUGAAUUACCAGUGUGAGACAGUGGAUUUGUAGCUUUUUCUCACCCUACUGUACCUCUAGGUGCUUGGAAUCCCAUGAUAACAGACUACAAUAUGAAAACGGGAAGAUGCUUUCCGUUAUCGACGGCAGAAAAUGUACAUUUCAAAUUCAAUAUGAACAUUUCUCCUGUGCUUCGAUGGUUAGGUGGAGUAGGUUAACUCAAAAAUGCAGCUAAAUCAAUGAAGAUGCUACAUUAUGAUAACAUGAGUAUGAGGGGGCUCAUUGAAUCCUCUGAACGGCAUUGUACUUACUCACGCAGAAACGAAACAGUGGAGCCAAGACCAACAACAACUGCCAGUGCUGGAACGAACAUAACCACUGUUAAACCUCAUCACUGUACCACAGUUAAACAAAACGGUCAGUUACUGAACAAUGCUCAGCUGAGGUCAAAUUCAAAAGAAAUACUGUCCGACAGAUAAAGGAUUUGUAUUUUAAGAAUUUAGGUAAAAAUAAUAAUUGUAUAGAAAGACAUAUAUGAAAUUGAUAUUAUUACUUUACUUGUCAUAGUUAUCAAUAUUGAGAAGUACUUCAUGUUCCAGAAUGUUAUUGUAUGUUCUGAAGUUUGUAUGGUAGGUUCUUGUUUGUAAUACACAUGGGUUACUCUUAGCUGUUGAGAGAUUCAAAACUGUGACAGAUUUGGUGAUUCAUUUUAUUUGGCAGUCCGCUAUCUACAGUCAUGUGAAAAAGUAAGUACGCUCCCUUGAAAGUGGUCUUUUUUUAAAUUUGACAUAUUUGGACACAUGGAUAUCUGAGCUAAAUUCCAACCACAUUCAUUGAUAAAGGUGAUCCAAUUUAACAAAUCACACAAAAAAAUGUUACUUUGAAAAAGUUAUGCAAUUAAAAUAAACAAAAAUGAAUUUUUUUUAAGCAGAAAAAGUUAGUACACCCCUACCUUUACCAUCACAUCAAAUGGCUAAAAUUAGAUCCAAGUGCACCAACAUAGGUGAAAAUAAUUUGAGAGUAAAUUGGGAGGGUCCAGCUUUCCAUAAAUAUUAGAAACUGGUUUGGUCUUAACCGUAUGGGUGUUUGGUAAAAGUCUGGGAGGGGUUACAAAUCCAUUUCCAAGCUAUUUGAAGUACAUCAUUCCACUGUCCAACAGCUCAUCUACAAAUGACCAUUGGCAAUCUACCUAGGACAGAUCGUCCCACCAGAAUUAGCCCAAGAGCUGACCGAAAGAUGCUCAUAGAAGUCCCUAAGAACCCCGGGGUAACAUCAAGGCAUCUACAAACCUCUUUUGCCACAAUCAAUGUAUAACUGCAUGAGUUAACAGUCAGAAAGAGACUGCACAAACUUGGCCUAUAUGGGAGGUCAGGAAGGAAGAAGCCUUUGCUCUCAAAAAGUAAUUUCAAGACACAACUGACGUUUGCCAGACAACAUCUGGGUGAAGACCAAAACUACUGGAACAAUGUACUCUGGACAGAUGAGUCAAAGGUGGAGUUGUUUGGCCGCAAUGUCAGGCGCCAUGUUUACGGAAAACGGAACACUGCCUUUGAACAGAAGAACCUCAUACCAACUGUAAAGCAUGGAGGCGGUGGCAUUAU